UGGUGUGACGUAUAAUGUAGUGGACGGAACGCUUCUUUCAACAGCAGCAACAGUUAGUCAGACACCUCGGUAGCUUGAUAGACAAAAUAGACGAACCAAUAAAGCUCUUUAGACGCUUUCGUGUAUAUUAGCCACUGUGUUUUAAAACCACCACUGUCGUCUAGUUAGUUAUCCGAUUUAAUUUCAUAUUUACGGUGUUGUUAUUAUUCAGCUAGCGGGCUGGUUAAGUUAGCAUUAGCAUAGCUAGCUAACAUCUCCGACCAUGAGUUCACUAAGCUGCUCUCCUCCUGAUAAAGAAGAGGAGGUCUGCUGGACGGAGAAAGAAGCUCUGGUGAAAGAGGAGGAGGAAGAGGAGGAUGUUACAAUACCAAAACAAGUAGAGAGUGAGGCUGUUACAGUGAAAGAAGAAGAGAAAGACAUUUCAGUGAAAGAAGAGGAAGACUCGUUCAGAGUGAAAGAGGAGGAGGAUGUUACAGUAAAAGAAGAGGAGGAAGAGAAAGAGGAGGAUGCCGUUUUUGGAGUGAAAGAGGAGGAGGGGGAGAUGACUGUCACAUCGAAAAAGGAGGGGGAAGAAGAAGAGGAGGAAACUGGAUAUCUGGGCCCGGUUUCCCAAACGCAUCUUAAGGCAUCCAAUGGUUCUAAUGAUGAACUUAGCAGUAAGAUGGUUUUGAGAAACCGUUCCCUGAUUAACACUAGAGAGAGACCUGACUAUCGGGGAUCAUCUGGAGAGCCUCAACAACAUCAUGAAGCUGACGAGGCAGAGGAGAGUCCUCCCAGAUCAGAACACCUCAAGAAACACCAGCGGAAACCCACAAGGAAGAAAUCUCACCACUGCUCUGACUGUGGGAAGAGAUUCACCUCUUCAACAGACCUUAAAAGACAUCAGAGAAUCCAUACAGGAGAGAAGCCUUAUAGCUGUGAUUGGUGUGGGAAGAGUUUUACUACAUCUAGCCAGCUGACUAUACACCAGAGAAUACACACAGGAGAGAAACCUUACCACUGCUCUGACUGUGGAACAAGUUUUGUUUCUUCCCAAUAUUUGAAAUCACACAAGAGAACACACACAAUAGCGAAACCUUACCACUGCUCUGACUGUGGAAAGUGUUUUGUUUCUUCACAAUAUUUAAAAUCACACCAGAAAACACACACAGGAGAGAAGCCUUAUAGCUGUGAUCAAUGUGGGAAGAGAUUUAGUCACUCAAGCAACUUGAUGGUACAUUUGAGAAUGCACACUGGAGAGAAACCUUAUAGCUGUGAUCAAUGCGGGAAGAGUUUUACUUCAUCUAGCCAGCUGACUAUACACAAGAGAACACACACAGGAGAUAAACCUUACCACUGCUCUGACUGUGGAAAGAGUUUUGUUUCGUCCCAAUAUUUAAAAUCACACCAGAAAACACACAAAGGAGAGAAGCUUUAUAGCUGUGAUCAAUGUGGGAGGAGUUUUACUCACUCAAGCAACAUGAUAUCACACCAGAGAACACACACCAGAGAACACACACAGGAGCGAAAUCUUGUGGCUGUAAUCAAUGUGGGAAGAGGUUUACUCAGCCAAACAUCCUGAUAGCCCACCAGAGAACUCACACAGGAGAGAAACCUCAUAGCUGUGAUCAAUGUGGCAAGAAUUACGCUGGUAAAAGAUCUCUGAUAAAACAUCAGAAAGUAAAUACAUAAAGGGAUUGUUUCAUGAUAUCAAUGAAAUAAUGUCUCAAUGUAGAUUGUUUUAACAUUGUAGUAGGAGUGUUCUAAUGAUGCCACAAUGUAGAAUGUUUUAACAUUGUAGUAGGAGU